AUGGAUGAGGCUAACAAACGAUCGCGCGCAUACGCUCACCUCAGCGAAUGCAACCUCUGUCCACGGAAAUGUGGUGUCAACCGAUUCGAGACCACAGGAAUGUGCAUGAUCGGAGCCGAAACAGCCAAGGUCAAUGUGAUUGCGCCCCAUCGGGGUGAGGAGCCCUGUAUCCAGGGAUUUCAUGGAAGUGGUUCCGUGUUUUUCUCUGGCUGUAAUCUCCGCUGUGUCUUUUGCCAGAACCAUGAUAUUGCGCAUCAGCGUAAUGGCUUUGACCUCACACCAGAGGAGCUUGCCGAAUGGUAUCUGAAGCUCCAGACAGUUGGCAAUGUUCACAACAUCAACCUUGUUACCCCGGAGCACGUCGUUCCACAGGUCGCACUCUCUAUCCUAGCAGCGCGGGACAUGGGUCUUCGUAUCCCAAUAGUCUACAAUACCUCCGCUUUUGACUCAUUAGAGUCACUCCAACUGCUUGAUGGUCUCGUUGAUAUAUAUUUACCAGACUUCAAGGUAUGGCGAAGCAGUACCUCCAAGCGGCUGUUGAAAGCAGAGGACUACACCACUACAGCCAUGGAAAGCAUCAAGGAAAUGCACCGCCAAGUAGGCGACCUCUCCUUUACAUCAGACGGAAUCGCUAAAAAGGGUGUCCUACUCCGUCAUCUUGUUAUGCCUGGCAAGGAGGACGAAGGUCGAGAGAUUAUGCGCUGGCUCGCAGAGAAUGUGUCCCGUGAUCUAUACGUCCAUAUUAUGGAACAAUAUCAUCCAGAUGCCCACGUGGGGAAGAAAAGACGAGUCACUCGCCAAGGCCGUGUUGGUGGAGGACAGGAGACGAAGGAGGAGGUGCGCUAUGCAGAGAUCAAUCGGGCGGUGCGUGAUGAAGAACUUGGGUCGGUCAAGGAUGCUGCUGUCAAGGCUGGACUAUGGCGCUUCUGUGAGCCGAACGAGGGCCAGUUCCAUCUCUAA